CUGUACACAUCAGUAUACAUGUUAUAUCUGAUAGUAUGAUAAUUUUCUCAAUUUAAUUACCAGUUAGCACAUGCUACAUGAGCCAUCACUCAUGACAUGAGUGAUACUUCUUUGAAAAAAAAAAAAAAAAAAACAGAGGGAGGGCACUGAGAGAUCCAAUGAUUGAGAAAUACAGGGGCGGGUAAAUACCAAAAUCUCAGUUAAUGAGAAGCUGGUGUCAGAGCAGGUAAAGAAACAGGAGCUGCACAAUGGAGCGCUACGUCUUUUCAAUACUGCUCCUGAUCUUGACUGAGGGAUCAGCUUCUUCAAUGGACGAUGGAUUCUUAAUCUCAGCCCCUGGAGUGUUUCAUGUGGGUGUUAACGAGAAAGUGUUUGUCCAGAUGGGAAAGACUUACCUCAACAUUCCUGUUACUCUUUACUUGGAGCAUGAAACUAGCGCUACAAUAGUGUCCCAGAAGAAAACCACUCAAUGUACUGUGGAAGGAGAGGCCAAAACAGUUGAGCUCAUGAUAGACAAGGAAAAAAUGUCAAGAUUCCCUAAACAUUAUGAACACUCUUACCUUUUGCUGGUGGCAAACUUUUCCGACCAAGAUUUAAAGAAGACACAUGUCUUGGUAUCAAAACGCAGGGGCAAUAUCUUCAUUCAGACUGAUCAGCCAAUCUACGACCCAACUCAGACAGUGAAAUACAGGAUAUUCACUCUUGACCACUCAUUCAGGCCUCAUGACGAAGUGUUCCAGAUAUCAGUAUUUAAUGCUGCUGGAAACAGAGUAAUUAAGUCCCUUAAGACUGCAAACGGAGGAAUUCUCCAGGACUCAUUCUUCAUUCCCGAUGUCUCUAAAAUGGGCACAUGGAAGAUUACAGCACACUAUGUAGACGAUGAAGCAAAUGUUGCUUCCCGAGAGUUCAAAGUCCAAAAAUUUGUUUUACCAAGUUUUGAGGUGAACAUCGCAAUGGAACAGCGCUAUGUUUUAUUGAGUGCUGAACAGUUAAACUUCACCAUCUCAGCAAGGUAUUCACAUGGUGAGAAAGUUAAAGGGGUUUACCACUGCCAAUUCGGAAUCAUAAAAAAAGGUAAAGCCCCUGGUCAAAAAAUUAAGCCUGACUUCAUCAGGGGAUUGGAGUUGACUGGUUUGGUCACGAAUGGGACUGCAACAGCUGCCCUCCAGAUAUCAGACUUACAGGAGCACUUCCAAAAACAGCAGAACGGAAAACUGUCUGAUUUAACACAAAGUGGAGCAAGACUCUACUUGGGAGUAUUCGUCACCAACGUACAAAGUGGUGAAAUACAAGAGGCAGAAGUUUACCUUCCCGUUGUCUCCAACAAAUACACCAUUGAUGUCUCUCGGACUCGACGAUAUUUUCAUCCUGGAUACCCACUAGAUAUGAAGGUGAUCAUACGUCUGCCAGAUGGCUCCCCAGCAGCUGGUGUGCCAGUAAAGAUUGAUGUAUCACCAUCCUCUGAGGAAUCUUGGCAAGGCAUCACUGACCAGGAGGGGGCAGUGUUUCCUGUGUUUAAUAUUCCGUUUACUUUAAAGAUUACUUUUGGAGUGUCUGCAGAUGGCUUUCAACGAUGGGGAAUAAUGCGUCGUGUUUCCCGAGCGAGGGGCAUCAGCUUCCUUUACAUGACCUUUAACAACAAAAUCUAUUCUUUGGGCGAGCUCCUGUCUGUAAAUUACAACACCAUCAAUGGCCCAGGACAGGGGUUUAUAUACUACAUGGUCCUAAGCCGUGGGUUCCUAAUAACACAGGGUUCUCUAAGAUUUGGUACUGCAGUUAAACACAACCUGCAGAUAACAUCUGAUAUGGUGCCAUCCUUCCGAUUGAUUGGCUACUACUACAAUGACCGUGGUGACAUCAUUGCUGACUCAGUAUGGAUAGAUGUCAGGGAUGAAUGUGAGAUAAAGGUCAAGGUAGUACAAAAAGGACUGUUAGAACCUAGAAGGACAGCCAAGCUAGAAUUUGAUUUACAUGGUCAAAGAGCCAGAGUGGCUUCACUGGCUGUGGAUAAAGCCUUCUACGCUCUCAAUGCUGAUAAUAAACUCACAGCCAAACAGGUGUUUUCCACCAUGCAGUCAUAUGACCUUGGUUGCUCAUAUAGUGGAGGACGUCACCCAGAUUCUGCACUAACAGAUGCUGGCCUGUCUUUUAUAUCUCAGUCUGAAGCAGUGUGGAAAAAGAAUCUUGCCUGUGGAUCACAAACUGCACGACAAAGGCGCGCUGUAGACCUUCAACAGGAAAUGAUGGUCCUAAAAUCAAACUUUUCAGAUGAAAAGCUGCAGGACUGUUGUGUUCGCGGGUUUUCUCUCAUCCCUAUGAUACGGACAUGUCAGGAUAGAGCAAAGAGAGUCUCUCUGGUGGAAUCAAAUCCUGUCUGUGCAGAUGUCUUUUUAAAAUGCUGCCUUGAGGGAGAGCGUCUGAGACAAAAAAAGAUACAAGAGGACGCCCAGAACGGACUUGGCAGGACUGCAAGCACAGCUGACAUUGAAGAGUUCUUCAUGGACACUGCUGAUCUGUACAUUCGACAUUUUUUCCCUCCAAGCUUUGAAUUCAGAGAAUUUGAUGUAAAUGGCAAAGAAAGCUAUUCUUUGGCUCUACCUGAUUCCAUCACCACAUGGGAGUUUCAGGUCAUCACUUUGUCUGCAGAGACUGGUUUCUGUGUAGUUAAGCCGUCUGAGUUCAGAGCAUUUAAGAGAGUAUUUGUGUCUCUGAGAUUGCCUUUCUCAGUGAAGAGAUACGAGCAACUAUCCAUUUCACCUGUUAUCUAUAACUAUGGCCAUGAAAGACUACAGGUGGCAGUUCAUAUGGAACAAACUACAGGACUUUGUUCCCCUGGCUCAGCUACCAGUACAGCUUUUGUUAACAUUACUGUGGAGCCAGAGUCUUCCCAGUUUGUGUCCUUCAGUGCCGUCCCCAUGGUAACUGGCAAAAUACCCAUCAAAAUACGUCUCUAUGAUAUAGAGAAUGAGGUGGGAAUUGAUGCAGUUGAGAAGAAAUUGAAUGUGUUGGCAGAAGGCAUUGAAAAGAGAGUAGAAGAAACCCAAGUGCUUAAAUUAGAUGGGAGGAGCACUAAGACUAUCACUAUUGACGGAUCUUUACCAGCUAACACAGUCCCCGACUCCAGCUCCAAUAUUUUUAUUUCAGUGGAAGGGGAUGGAUUUGGCAGUUCAUAUGCGAAGAACCUUCUCUCUCCUCAUAAGGUUGCUGGCCUAAUCGUACUGCCUACAGGAUGUUUAGAACAGACCAUGACAGGACUGGCCCCUACAGCAUCAGCCGUCCGCUACCUUGACCUGAGUGAGCAAUGGUUCAACCUGCCUGCUGGUAGCAGAGAUGAUGCUCUUGAUAAAAUUGAGCAAGGUUAUAUGAGGGUUUUAACAUACAAGAGAAAAGAAGAUGGAUCUUACAGAGCAUUUACUUCAACACCACCUAGUUAUUGGUUGACUGCCCUUGUAGUCAAAGUGCUAUCACUGGUGGCACAGCGUCAGUCAGUGGCUUUUGGUGAGCAGGGCAGGAAGGCUAGGGUCGUACCAGAAGAAGAGAUCAGGCAACCAGUUAGUUACUUGCUCUCAGUACAGAAGACUGAUGGGUCAUUCGAUGACCCAGAACGAGUGCUUCACAGAGGAGUAAUGAAAGGCAAAGACGAAGAUACAUCCAUGACAGCUUUCAUAACUCUUGCACUGAAACAGUCCCUUCAGUUCCUGCAAACUGAACUGAGAAAUGAUGCGGAAGCAAGCAUUUCAAAUGCAACAGCAUAUCUCCUGUCACACCUCGAGGAGCUUCAACAUCCCUAUGCUGUUGCCAUCACAGCCUACUGUCUGGCAGUUUGUCUGCCACAGGGAACAGAUCAUUCAUCUGCCUGGACUAAACUUCAAGCACUAGCUACUGAAGGCAUGUCUAUUCAAAGCUAAUAGGCGUGGGUGAUAUAGAAUAGAUAAAAUAUGUCAUACAGUAAAGCAGUACUUCCAAUUGAUUUACAGCAAUGUCUAAUACACCCAGAGAUGUUAAAGAGAUGGUUACCAUGGUGUGAGCAGUAUGUGUCAGUUGACAAAUUUACUCAGGAUACCAUCAUGGCUUUGGAAGCCCUUGCAGAGUAUGAGCUAAAGAGGUCCAUCAGUCCUGAUGCAAAUCUGAUUGCAGAGUUCACAGUCCAAGGAAAGAGAGACAUUGUAAGGCUUGCACUGGAAAAUAAGAAGGAGAAGGUGGAAACAAACCUCAAGAAAUUUUCAGGGAGCAACAUAAAUGUGCAGUUGACAGGAAAAGGCGAUACCAAGCUGAAAAUUCUAAAAGCUUACCAUCAAAUGGACCCCAAGGACGAUUGUGACCAAGUGUCUAUCAGAGUCACAGUGGAGGGAAAAGUGAAGUACACUGCUAAGGUCAUAGAAAAUUAUGAGUACUAUGACGACUACGAUAACAACGAUGAGGUGGUGGAGGAGGACGUGGUGGAGAAGGACAUGCGAGUGCCGCGAUCAGCGAAUGAGCGGUUUGAUGCUCGCACCCGAAACAGGAGAGAUGUUGAUAACGAUGUAAAGUCAGAUGAGACUCUCAUCUACACAAUCUGUGUCAGUCACAGCCCAAACACCAAUCUCACAGGAAUGGCCAUUGCUGACAUCACACUGCUAAGUGGAUUUGAGGCUGUAACUCAAAACCUGGACAGGCUAAAAGACGAACCUGAACGGUACAUUUCCCAUUAUGAGGUCUCCUAUGGAAGAGUGUUGCUCUACUUCAAUGAGCUCCUCCAAUCAGAGGAAUGCAUUAGUUUUGAUGCUAUACAGAGAGUACCAAUUGGCCUUCUACAGCCCGCUCCAGCUGUGUUCUAUGAUUAUUAUGAACCAAACAGAAAGUGUACCGUGUUCUACUCUGCCCCCCAAAGAAGCAAGGUGGUCUCCAAACUGUGUUCAGAGGAUGUGUGCCAGUGUGCAGAAAAACCCUGUCAUAAAAUACAAAAUACAUUUCAACUGGGAAGAGGUCAAAGAAUCGUAAAGAAUCACCGUUUACAACAUGCUUGCUUCUACCCUACAGUAGAUUACGCAUACAUUGUUGAAGUCCUCAGUGUUUCCAUGAAGAGUAACUUUGAGCUGUACAAAAUUAAAGUAAACGAGGUCCUCAGAUCCCAUGAAGAUAUCCAUGUGAGUGAGAAUUCUGUUCGAGUGUUUGCUAAGAGGCGUCACUGUAAAGGACAGCUAGAACUGGGAAAACAGUAUCUCAUCAUGGGCAAAGAUGGCUCUACAACCGACUCAUAUGGAGAGAUGCAGUAUCUGUUGGAGUCAAACACCUGGGUUGAAAGAAAGCCUACAGAGAAAAAAUGUAAAAAAUCUGCACGUAAAGCUGCCUGCGCUGGGUUUAAUACAUUUACAGAUGAUUACAAGAUAAAUGGCUGCAGACAGUGAAACAGACAAAUCUGUUUCAUUUGACUAACAUUUUCAGCUUAGAUUUAGAGUUUAGUUUAGAGCUCUUUUUUCACCUUGUAUACUCAUAGUCAUGAUAGUGAAACAACAUCAAUACGCACUGAGAUACUGCUUACGCAGAUCAACAUGGGAAUUCAUUAAAUGUAAUGGAGCUGUGUGCAAAGAAGAGACUGCAUUUAAACUGUUGUGAAAAAGUUUGACUUUGCAGGACCCGUACUGGAUUUUAUACUAUUUGUUGACGUUGAUUAUUAAAGGAUAACUUCGGUAUUUUUCAA